AUGCCCAUUAGCAGGAUCCCCAAGGAGCAGACCACUGGCCUCGCCGCAAGUGUCGUUGCUAAGCGCUUCCAACUCUGGGCCCCAGGACUUUUCUCUACUGAGCGACACUUAGCCAAGCGCCUCAAGAGCAACAGCUUUUACCCCUUCAACCAGCAGCAGCCGGAUGUCUUUGUGUUCGAGUACUACCUGGACACACUCUGGAAGGGGACACUGCUCUUUAUCUUCUGCCUCGUCUUGGUUUCCUGUGACGUCCUGAGACAGGUAGAGAGGCAGGAGAUCUGGUGCUUUCCAGCCUAUGGCAUGGUUGUAGGCCUGUGGCUCAUGGUCUCCUCAUUGCCCCGGCGCCGCUUAGUUCUGAACCAUUCACGUGGCAUGUACCACUUCUCCAUCCAUGGCCGAACUGUACAUCAGGGGCCGAUGCAUCUGGUCUAUGUGCGCCUGGCACUCAGCUCUGACGCCUAUGGAAGGUGUUUCUUCCAGCUGGUCCUUUGUGGAUAUAAGCUAGAGCCGCUUGUGCUGGUGCAACUGUCAGAGCGCUAUGAGCAAAUGGAAUUCCUGGGCCGGCACAUUGCCCGGAAACUCAACAUCAACUACUUUGACUACCUGGCCUCCUCCUACCACCAUGUAGUCCGCCACUGGCCACUGGGUGCCACCUUUACCCCUGGCAUUGUGCAGCGAAAAACACAAGUCUACACUAAGCCGAGUGACAGCAACCUGGAUGUGUAA